CAGAUUUUAAUAGAAAGACAGACGCUCAUCGACGCAGAUACAAACGGCGUCUGGACGCGGUCAGAGUGCCUACGGAUAAUGGUGCACGGUGCUCGUUAAAAAAGCAAUCAGUUUUCAAAAAUCUCAGCAAAGAUGAUGAAAUUUAAGAAAGCCGGCCUCGUUGCCGACCUUUUUCCAAACAUCAAGUUGAUGCAGGGCGUCGGACAUUUUUUGUUCAAUUACCACAGCGAGACUGGAGGUGCGGUUCAUGGUUUACGGGUCUUGUACAGUUCGGUCCAUUUAGUUCUUCUUCUGGCACAGUUCGGAUUCACUUUUGGUAAUUUAAUAGUGGAAAGUGACGACGUCAACGAUUUGGCGGCCAAUACGAUAACGGUCCUCUUUUUCACCCAUACGAUAACGAAGUACAUUUACUUCGCGUUACGAUCGAAAAUGUUCUACAGAACGCUGGGAAUUUGGAACCAGGCCAACAGUCAUCCGCUUUUCGUCGACUCCAACAAUCGGUACCAUUCGAUCGCGUUAAAGAAGAUGAGACAGCUGCUCGUCGUAAUUGUGAGCGUGACGAUAUUUAGCACGAUUAGUUGGACGACAAUUACGUUCUUCGGGCCAAGCGAGCGCAUUCGAAAAGAUCCCGAAAAUGAGAACAUGACAAUCAGCACGGAAAUCCCCCGACUGCUGAUCAAGUCUUGGUACCCAUGGAACGCGAUGGCUGGCAUGGCACACAUCGUUUCGCUCGUGUAUCAGGUUUACUACAUUUUCUUCUCGAUGUCCCAAGCGAAUUUGGCAGACUCGAUGUUUUGCUCGUGGUUAAUUUUCGCAUGUGAGCAGUUGAUGCACCUGAAGGAGAUUUUGAAACCACUCAUGGAACUAUCGGCUACCUUAGACACGUACCACCCCAAGACCGCCGACUUAUUCCGCGCGCCCAGUGCCAACUCGCAAACCAACCUAGUGGACGACGAUUACAACGACAAAAAUAAUCAUAACGACGAGCUCGACCUGAGAGGAAUUUACAGCACGGGUCAGGAGCUGGGAACUCACUUCAGAUCGUCGGCAUUACAAUCGUUUAAUGCCGGCGGUGGUGGAAUCGGUCCUAAUGGUUUAACGAAGAAGCAAGAGCUAAUGGUCAGAUCCGCCAUAAAGUAUUGGGUCGAACGUCAUAAGCACGUCGUCAGGCUCGUGACUGCAAUUGGUGAUACGUAUGGAAUCGCUUUGCUCUUACACAUGUUGACCUCCACAAUUAUGCUCACACUUUUAGCUUACCAAGCGACAAAGAUCGACGGCGUCAACCCUUACGCGUUUUCGGUCAUUGGGUAUCUGCUCUACGCCCUAGGACAAGUAUUUCACUUUUGCAUAUUCGGAAACCGUCUAAUUGAGGAGAGUUCGUCAGUAAUGGAAGCCGCUUACAGCUGUCAUUGGUAUGAUGGCUCUGAAGAGGCAAAAACGUUCGUACAAAUCGUCUGUCAACAGUGCCAGAAGGCUAUGUCGAUCUCGGGCGCAAAAUUCUUCACAGUAUCGCUCGACCUUUUCGCCUCCGUACUCGGAGCCGUCGUCACCUACUUCAUGGUGUUGAUCCAACUCAAGUAAGCGCACUUAUUUCUAUUUGCUCAAAAAUGGAAAUCGCAAGUGCCAUCUUUUGAUAAUAUCUACAAGUAAGCCUAUGCUAAGUUAUUAGGUUAGAGAAAAAAAUAAGAAGCAUUCUAAGUGUCUUAUCGAUAUAAAGAGAUGUAUAUUUUUAUGUAAAAAAGAAAAAUCUGUAUCGAACCUAGCUAGUAUUACUCGCACUUUCUUGUACCUGAAUUUAACACGAAUAAAGGGGAAUUCAACGACUUAAGAUCAAAAAUGUGAUUUGUAUCGUACUAUAAGAAA